AUGGAAGAUCACCAACAGCCGAAUAUGGAAGAAACAAGAAUCUGUAACAGUAAUCUGGUUUUUGCAGUGAAUAACAAGAGGUUUGAGCUUCCGAAUGUUGACCCUUCAACAACUUUGCUUCAGUUCUUACGAACCCAAACACCUUUCAAGAGUGUCAAAUUUGGUUGCGGUGAAGGUGGCUGCGGUGCUUGUAUCGUUCUGCUUUCUAGGCACAAUCCUCUGAUCGAUCGAGUUGAGGAUUUUACUGUAAGUUCGUGUCUCACACUGCUUUGUAGCGUAAAUGGAUGCUCAAUUACAACAUCUGAAGGCCUUGGAAGCAGCAGAGAUGGUUUCCACCCAAUUCACCAGAGGUUCGCCGGCUUCCAUGCUUCUCAAUGUGGCUUUUGCACUCCUGGAAUGUGCAUUUCACUCUUCGGAGCCCUCGUUGAUGCCGAAAACUCUCAUCGGGCAGAUCCCUCUCCGGGAUUCUCUAAGCUGACGGUAAUUGAAGCAGAAAAGGCUAUUGCAGGAAAUCUCUGUCGUUGUACUGGAUAUCGACCUAUUGCCGAUGCAUGCAAAAGUUUUGCAACUGAUGUUGAUAUGGAAGAUUUAGGAUUUAACCAUUUUUGGAAGAAGGGAGACAGUCAGGCUACGAAGCUGAGUAGGUUACCUUCGUACAGCCCUAACAAUGGGGUGUGUACUUUUCCUGAAUAUUUGAAAAGGGAAAUCAAGCCUUCUUUGCCUCUGGAUUCUGAAAAGUUCUCUUGGUACACUCCUUUUAGUGUCGAGGAACUACAGAAUUUGGCAAAAGCCACUGAUGCCAAAAGCAGAACCUUGGUGAAACUAGUGGUUGGUAACACCGGAAUGGGUUACUAUAAGGAACUAGAACGCUAUGGCAAAUACAUUGAUCUCAGGCAUGUUCCUGAGCUCUCAAUGAUUAGGAGGGAUCACACCGGUAUCGAAAUCGGGGCAAGUGUGACCAUUUCUAAAGCUAUUGAAGCUUUGAAGGAAGAAACUGAAGGUGAAUCUCUCUCAGAAUUUGCGUCAGUGCUCAAAAAAAUUGCAGCUCAUAUGGAGAAAAUUGCCACCAAAUUUCUACGAAAUACUGGUAGUGUCGGGGGAAAUCUGGUGAUGGCACAGAGUAAACAUUUUCCUUCCGAUAUCGCUACAAUACUUCUUGCAGCUGGUUCAUUUGUUCAUAUACUAACUGACACCAUGCAUGAAAAGCUUACCUUGGAGGAGUUUCUCGCAAGGCCACCUUUGGAUAAUUCCAAAAGCAUACUUUCAAGUAUUAAAAUUCCAUGCCGGGAAACAAUCAAGGACGACAGAUCUUCUGAAAUGGAUAGGAAGUUGUUAUUCGAAACCUAUCGAGCUGCACCACGACCACUUGGGAAUGCUUUGCCCUUUCUAAAUGCUGCCUUCUUGGCUAAAGUUUCCCACAGCAAAUCUUCUGGUGGAAUCAUCAUAAACAAAUGUCAACUGGCUUUCGGUGCUUACGGGACCAAACAUGCUAUCAGAGCAAGAAAAGUUGAAGAUUUUUUCACUGGGAAAACGGUAACGAUUGGGGUGCUGUAUGAAGUUAUGAAAUUGGUUAAAGCUACUGUGGUACCUGAAGAUGGCACUUCAUAUGCUGAAUAUAGAUCAAGCUUGGCUGUUGGAUUUCUUUUCCACUUUCUUGGCCCCGUAACAGACACUACUGAGAAAAUUUCUAAUCAUUGCUUGGACGAAUACAAUAGUAGUUCAUCCUAUAAUGAUGCCAAGGUAAAAGAGAAGCAAAACCAGCUUGAUCAUGCCAAUGCGAAGGCCUCCACUUUGAUAUCAUCAUCAAAGCAGGUAGUCCAAUUGAAUAGAGACUAUCUUCCUGUUGGUGAGCCAAUUGCAAAAUCUGGAGCUGCUCUUCAAGCUUCUGGUGAGGCUGUUUAUGUGGAUGAUAUUUCCUCUCCUGCAAAUUGUCUAUAUGGAGCAUUUGUCUACAGUACAAAGCCUUUUGCAAGGGUAAAGGGCAUAGAAUUUAAGUCCAAAUCGCCGACCGAUGGAGUUGCUGCCCUCAUUUCUUUCAAAGAUAUCCCAAAAUUUGCAGAGAACAUAGGUUCUAUGUUUAUGUUUGGCACUGAAUCUUUGUUUGCUGAUGAAUUUACUCGGUAUGCCGGAGAACGUCUUGCUCUUGUGGUGGCAGAUACACAAAGAAAUGCAGAUUUAGCAGCAAACCACGUAGUGGUUGAUCAUGACCUGGACAAUAUGGAACCACCCAUUUUAACUGUAGAAGAGGCUGUAGAAAAAUCUAGCUUCUUCGAGGUCCCUCCUCGAUAUUGUCCUAAGCAAGUUGGUGAUGUAUCAAAAGGAAUGGCUGAAGCUGAUCACAAAAUUCUCUCCGCUGAGGAUUUGAGCUCACUGCAUGCCAACCUCUUGCUGUAUGAUGACAUCCAGAUCAAACUUGGGUCACAAUACUUUUUCUAUAUGGAGAAUCAAACUGCCCUUGCUGUACCUGAUGAAGACAACUGCAUGGUGGUUUACUCCUCAACUCAAUGCCCACAAUAUGUACAAACUACGAUUUCAAGGUGUCUUGGAAUACCUGAACAUAACGUGCGUGUGAUCACAAGAAGGGUUGGAGGAGGCUUCGGUGGAAAGGCCAUGAAAUCAAUGCCUGUUGCUACAGCAUGUGCACUUGCAGCGCAUAAGUUACGCCGUCCUGUCAGGAUGUAUCUCGAUCGUAAGACUGAUAUGGUAAUGGCAGGAGGAAGGCAUCCCAUGAAAGUAACAUACAGUGUAGGGUUCAAAUCUAAUGGGAAAAUUACAGCCUUACAGCUUGAUAUAUUAGUUAAUGCUGGGAUAUCUCCUGACAUGAGUCCAUUGAUUCCCGAACACCUACUGGCUCCACUUUCAAAGUAUGAUUGGGGUGCUUUAUCUUUUGAUAUAAAGUUGUGCAAAACAAACCAUUCUAGUAAAUCUGCGAUGCGUGGCCCUGGGGAGGUACAAGGAUCAUAUAUUGCAGAAGCUGUAAUUGAACAUGUAGCAUCUGCCAUUUCUAUGGAGGUAGAUUCUGUGAGAAAUAUAAAUCUCCACUCGUAUAAUAGUCUCAGCUUGUUUUAUGGUGUUGGCUCGGGUGAGCGUUCAGAAUAUACGCUAACUUCCAUAUGGGAUAAGUUAGCCACAUCUUCAAGCUUUCACCAACGGGUUGCAAUGAUAGACCAGUUUAAUGCGUGUAAUGUGUGGCAAAAAAGAGGCAUUUCUCGAGUACCUAUUGUGCAUCAAACAGUAGUGGCACCAUUUCCAGGAAAGGUUAGCAUUCUAAGUGAUGGAUCUGUUGCUGUUGAAGUUGGAGGAAUAGAGCUUGGCCAAGGUCUUUGGACGAAGGUAAAACAGAUGGCUGCAUUUGGUCUCGGUUCAAUCAAAUGCGAAACAACAGGAUCGGGCCUCUUGGAGAAAGUACGGGUCAUACAAUCUGAUACCUUAAGCUUAGUUCAAGGAGGGUGUACUGGCGGAAGCACCGCAUCGGAGGCAAGCUGUGAAGCAGUUAGACUUUGCUGUAAAGUAUUGGUCGAGAGACUAACAACUCUAAAGGAAAAGUUGCAGGUGCAGAAAGGUUCAAUAACAUGGGAAACACUCAUUCUCGAGGCAUAUUCAGAAUCCGUGAACUUAUCAGCAAGUUCUUACUUUGUCCCCGGUAUUACUUCCAAGCAGUACUUGAAUUAUGGCGCUGCAGUGGAGGUAAACCUUUUAACAGGAGAAACAUCAAUUUUGAGAUCUGACAUUAUAUACGACUGUGGACAAAGUCUCAACCCCGCUGUGGAUUUAGGACAGAUUGAAGGAGCUUUUGUGCAAGGAAUAGGGUUUUUCAUGCUUGAAGAAUACCUGACAAACUCAGAUGGAUUAGUGGUAACGGACGGGACGUGGACAUACAAAAUCCCUACUAUAGACACCAUACCAAAGCAGUUUAAUGUAGAAAUACUUAACAGUGGCCAUCACCAAGAUCGUGUUCUCUCUUCAAAAGCUUCUGGUGAGCCACCAUUACUUCUCGCAGCUUCAGUGCAUUGUGCUACAAGAGCAGCUAUUAGAGAAGCUAGAAAACAGCUCCUUUCAUGGGGUUGCUUAGAUGGGUCUCCUUCAGCAUUUGACUUGAAGGUUCCUGCCGCCAUGGCUACUGUGAAGGAGCUUUGUGGGCUAGGCAUUGUGGAGAGAUACUUGGAGUGGAAAAUGUGUAGCAAGCGAAAAACUUCUUCAAACUGA